AUGGCGCCAGCACCAGCAGAGAAGGAGACCCGUAUCGCCAUUGUCAACUCGGACAAGUGCAAGCCUAAGAAAUGCCGUCAGGAGUGCAAGAAGUCGUGUCCCGUCGUCCGCAUGGGCCGUCUGUGUAUCGAGGUGACGCCGUCUAGCAAGAUCGCCUUCAUCUCCGAAUCGCUCUGCAUCGGCUGUGGUAUCUGCCCCAAAAAGUGCCCCUUCGAGGCCAUCAACAUUAUCAAGCUGCCCACCAACCUCGAGAACGAGACCACGCACCGAUACAGCGCCAACUCGUUCAAGCUUCACCGUCUUCCCACCCCGCGUGCCGGCCAGGUGCUCGGCCUCGUCGGCACCAACGGUAUCGGCAAGUCGACCGCACUCAAGAUCCUCGCGGGCAAGCAGAAGCCCAACCUCGGCCGCUACGACGACCCUCCCGACUGGCAGGAGAUCCUCAAGUACUUCCGUGGCUCCGAGCUCCAGAACUUCUUCACCAAGGUGCUCGAGGACAACAUCAAGGCGCUCAUCAAGCCCCAGUACGUCGACCACAUCCCGCGUGCCAUCAAGGGAAAGGCGAGCGUCACGCAGCUCCUCGACGGAAAGCUCGAGAGGAACAACAAGGACGAGGUCAUCGACAUGCUCGACCUCAAGGAGGUGCUCGACCGCGACGUCCAGAAUCUCUCCGGUGGUGAGCUCCAGCGAUUCGCCAUCGGCAUGUCGUGCAUCCAGAACGCCAACGUAUACAUGUUUGACGAGCCCUCGUCGUACCUCGACGUUAAGCAGCGUCUCAACGCCGCCCGCAUGAUCCGCUCGCUCCUCGACUCCAACACCUACGUCAUCGCCGUCGAGCACGACUUGUCCGUGCUCGACUACCUCUCGGACUUUAUCUGCUGCCUCUACGGUGUUCCCUCGGUGUACGGUGUCGUGACGGUGCCUUCGCCCGUUCGUGACGGUAUCAACAUCUUCCUCGACGGCUACAUCCCCGCCGAGAACAUGCGUUUCCGCGAGGAGUCUCUCUCGUUCAAGAUCUCCGAAACGGCCGACGACGAGGUGCUCGACAGGACGCCCAAGUUCGUGUGCCCGCCCAUGACCAAGACGCUGGGCAACUUCAGCCUCAACAUCGAGGGUGGUGAAUUCAGCGACUCGGAGAUCAUCGUCUUCCUCGGCGAGAACGGUACGGGUAAGACGACGUUUGUCAAGAUGCUUGCGGGCAAGCUCGAGCCUGAUGCGGGUGCCAAGAAGCCGCCGCAGCUCAACGUGUCGCUCAAGCCGCAGACGAUUGCGCCCAAGUUCCAGGGCACGGUGCGCAUGCUGCUGCUCAAGCAGAUCAAGGCGGCGUUUAUGCACCCGCAGUUCCAGACCGAUGUGGUCAAGCCGAUGUCGAUCGAGGCGAUCAUUGACAACGAUGUGCAGACGCUGUCGGGUGGUGAGCUGCAGCGUGUGGCGCUGGUGCUGGCGCUGGGUAAGCCGGCGGAUAUUUACCUGAUCGACGAGCCGUCGGCGUACCUCGACUCGGAGCAGCGUAUCAUUGCGUCGCGCGUCAUCAAGCGCUUCAUCAUCCACUCGCGCAAGACGGCCAUGAUCAUCGAGCACGACAUCAUCAUGGCCACCUACCUCGCCGACCGCGUGAUCGUCUACGAGGGUCAGCCAUCCGUCAAGGCGACCGCCAAGCGUCCCGAGUCGCUGCUGACCGGUAUGAACAGCUUCCUUGCCACGCUCGAGGUGUCGAUGCGUCGCGACCCUACCAACUACCGCCCGCGUGUCAACAAAUUCAACUCGAUCAAGGACAAGGAGCAGAAGGCAGCCGGCCAGUACUUCUUCCUCGAGGACUAA